AUGGGCAACAGUAAAAGUGGUGCACUUUCUCAAGACCUACUGAAGGACCUAAAGUCCAGCACUGCAUACACAGAAGAGCAGCUUUACGCCUGGUAUCAGGCUUUUCUGAAAGAGUGCCCAAGCGGAUGCAUCAGCAGAGAGCAGUUCGAGGGCAUCUACGCCAGGUUCUUUCCCGAUGCAAACCCAAAGGCCUACGCCCAGCACGUGUUCCGAAGUUUCGAUUCGGACGACAAUGGCACACUCGAUUUUAAAGAGUAUAUUGUGGCACUGCAUCUCACCUCCUCUGGGAAAACUAUCCAGAAGCUCGAAUGGGCCUUUGCCUUGUAUGAUGUGGAUAAGAACGGCAGCAUAACAAAAAAUGAGAUCAAGGAAAUUGUCAAGUCAAUAUUUAACAUGAUCUCCAAAGAGGACCAGAAAAACCUCCCCGAUGAUGAAAACACACCUGAAAAGAGAACAGAAAAAAUCUGGGACUUUUUUGGGAAAAAAGAAAAGGAUAAAAUUACAGAAGGAGAGUUUAUCCAGGGAGUGAUGGACAAUAAAAACAUCCUCAGACUGAUCCAGAUUGAUGAACCUCAGAAGAUUCAAAACAGAUUGAAACAAAAGAAGUAA